AUGAAUUUAUUUUUUGAAAAUUCAUAGGAUAAUACUGCUUGCCAAGAAGCAAAAUAUAAUUGCAAGAACUACACAAGAUUUAAUAAAUGCCCUGCAUAAAUGAAUGACCUUCUUUCAUGUAUUUGGAUUGACAGCUCUAGUUAUUCCAUUUCAGAUGUAAAUUAUGGUGUAAUAACAGGAAGUGGACUUGAUCAUGCUUUAUUCCAAGCUUAUAAUCUAGAUUUCGAAUCCGUCACUGAUAUAGCCAAAUGUUAAAAUUUUAAAUCAGCUUGCGAAUAAUAUGCAGGUACACCAUUAAGUUGGACAAAAGCUGAGUCCUCAAAAUGA